CUCUUUCAAUUGAAAAUAAACUUUGGAAUGAAUUAUGUCUUGCUACGGCUAUAGGUAUUAUCGUCGAUGAAAGUACUGAUAUUGCUACAGAAUCACACAUUAUAGUUUAUGUUAGAUAUAUCUUUAAUGGUACUAUUAAAAUUCGAUUUUUAAGUCUAUUACAAAUUGAAAAUUAUGAUGCAAAGUCAAUUUAUAAUGCUAUAAUUCAACCAUUUGUUUCUAAAAAUGGAGCAAGUGUAAUGCAAGGAAAAAUUAAUGGAGUUGCAGCACGAAUGGCUCAAAUAAACCCAUAUAUCUUUACUACACACUGUAUAGCACAUAGAUUAUCAUUAGCUUGUGAGUUUGCUGAAAAGCAAGUAGAAUUAUGCCAAUAUUCUAAAUCUUUAUUAAAGAAAGUAUAUGCUUUUUUUAAUCAUUCUAACAAACGGGUUCAAUUAUUAGUUAAGCAUCAAGAAAUUCUUAAUAAGCCUAUUUUAAAAAUUCCAAAAAUAUUUGAUAUUCGGUGGCUUUCUCUAUAUGAAGCAGUAAAUAAUUUUUGCUGCUCAAUAGAACCUUUAUUAGAUACACUUCUUUAUGUUAUGACUGAAUCAAAAAAUCAAAUUACUCAACAUUCAAUUUUUGAUUUAUACUCUGAACUUUGCAAUUGGCAAACAUUAGCUUUUCUUUUUUUUCUUCAAGAUAUUCUUACUGAACUUAUGAAGUUAUGCAAAAAAUUUCAAACAAAAUUUCUUCAUUUUUCUGAUAUAUACCCUAUAAUUCAAACUACUAUUACAAAGUUAGAGCAAGAUUAUUUAUAUAUAAAUAAUAAUAAUAAUCUUAAUUUAG